UGUAGUGUACGCGCUCACGCCUCUCUUCGCUUCCUUAACCUAACCCCUCCUAGUCGCUGCAGCAAAAAGCCCCAGAAACCGACAGCGUUUAUCUUAACUGCCUGCUGUGGCAAAGCAAAACGAAUAUUUGCCUGGACAAGAAGAGAUUGUUCGAGUUUAUUUUCUGCAGUCAUUUGUUGCUGCCCGUUUUUGAAGCGGAAUUCUGUUUCCUGAGCAACAAAAUGGGAAAUGAAGCAAGUUAUCCCCUGGAGAUGUGCUCGCACUUUGAUGCAGAUGAGAUUAAGAGGCUAGGAAAGAGAUUUAAGAAACUCGACCUAGAUAACUCCGGAUCCCUGAGCGUAGAGGAGUUCAUGUCCCUGCCCGAGCUGCAGCAGAAUCCGCUGGUGCAGAGGGUUAUCGAUAUAUUUGACACAGAUGGCAAUGGGGAAGUGGAUUUCAAAGAGUUUAUAGAGGGAGUCUCGCAGUUCAGUGUUAAGGGAGAUAAGGAACAGAAGCUGAGAUUCGCUUUCAGGAUCUAUGAUAUGGACAAGGACGGCUACAUUUCCAACGGCGAGCUGUUCCAAGUGUUGAAGAUGAUGGUGGGAAACAACUUGAAGGACACACAACUCCAGCAGAUUGUAGAUAAGACCAUUAUCAAUGCAGACAAGGAUGGCGAUGGGAGAAUAUCUUUUGAAGAGUUCUGUGCUGUUGUUGGUGGUCUCGACAUUCACAAAAAGAUGGUAGUGGAUGUGUGAGUCUUCGAGCAUCCUGCCUGCCACCUACCACACGCGCUUUCCUUUCCAUCUCUGAUGAUCUGCUCAAGACAUCCAGCAAAUGCUCUCUUUCAAUGGAAGUAUUUACUCUGUGAAGCUAUCUUAUUGCUACCACGAGCCUGGUGAAGCCAACAUGUAAGUGUUUUGAACUCUGAUCCUCACAAUAACCUGGUGUAGCACUUUACUGACUGAAGAACAGCUAAGAGCAUCUCUGUCUGGACAAGGGAAGACGGGUUGGCUGGUUCAUUUUUUCCUUUUCUUUCUUUUUGUAAUUUUUUUUUUUUAAUUAUAUUUAUUUUGGGUCACUUUUUUAAGCAAGUGUAUAUUAAACUUUCUGAGAAGGAGGAAUUAAUGUUAAAAGGAAUGUUAACUUUUCAGUACAGAAGUAAUUAGGGUAUGACGUGCCAAGCAGAACACAGAAUCGACAAACCAGACAGAUCUUUAUAAAUUAGAAAAACUGGUCUGAUUUUGUUUGAGUUUUUCUUUCUUUUUUUCCCAAGUGAAUACUUUUUCAUUUUGCAAUGUUUCUAUUGUUCUUACAUUUAAUCAUGUUAAUCAGUACUUUUUUGUAUUGUGAUGUUUAUUUAUGAAUGUUCAUAUUACUGGGAGUAACUUUAUUCUGUGUUUAACUCAGUGACCGUCCAGUAGAAAUAGAUGCCAAAAAAAUUACCUGUAUUCGUGGUUUACCGAAACAUCAGUGACUUCUUCAGGUUGGUCUUUUACAAAAAACCUUUUUGAUGAAAACUAUUAGUGUUUCAGUGCUCAAAUUCUGAAGCAUUUGAAAGAUCUGUUAAAUCACAGAUCUCUAUGACCACAUCUAUUAUUUUGACAUCUCUGCAAAAAAAAAAAAAAGCUGCAGAUCAUUAUGGCAGGUUCAUUGCGGGCAGCUUUGUUUUUGCUCUAAUAACCCACAAUAAUUCUAGAUAGUUACGUACCAGAAGCGAGAACACAGCCUUUAGAAUGGCAGUAUGCUGUCGCAUGACCUAUCCUCGUUAUCAGUAUGCUCUUUGUGACUACUACAUGCCCCCAUCUGGAUGAACGAAGUACUGUAUUUUAAAUCUGACACACCCAGUGAGACAUUAAUCUUAGGACUUUGGCAUGACGAGUAAAGAGUAUAGCUGGAAAUGAUUUGCUCUUUACUACUUCUAUGCAUCUUCACCAGCUUAUCUACACUGCAGCACUAAGUGUGUCACAGAUCCCCCUGGUGCUCCUCCAGUGUCUGCAUGAACAUGUUCCCUUCUGCAUGGUUUCCGAUUUACGGCACGUCUACUGUUUACACUUGUGAUAUUAAAUGUCAUAUCUAAUAAUUAUGGAUGUCGCCAAAGUUUAGCAAAACCUCAGCACAAUCGGUGUUCUUAAAGUAAAAAUACGUAUAUACUCCUUUUUCCUUCUGAAUAUUAAGUUGCAGUGAAAUGAUGUAUGGUGUAUAUAUAAAUACAUAUAUAUAUCCAGUCAAGGAUACCUUCUAAAAUGUAUUUUUAAUUACUGUAAAACUAAUUUUACUCCAAGUUUAUGUUAACGGAAUGGGAGAAAGGGCGUUUCAUUCCCGAGUCGACAUCGAGAAUCAUCGUAUUUCCAGUUGGGGAUGUCUACUCUGCAUGCUGCAUCAUGUUGCCUACUGUGGGAAUCCUUGGACUUGGUACUGUAUAAGAAUAAAUAAAUAUUUAAAGAAAUAUA